GUCAAAGUAAUGUCAUUUGAACUUUGAAGUUGAAUUGAAAUUUCAUUUUCAUCAAAGUUUCUUUAGUUAAAAUAACUAUAAUUUCAAUAUUCAUAUUAUUUCCCGGUAUUUCGAACAUUAGUAAUGCAAUUAGUCAUCAAAGUAUAUUUAUUCAAAAUCCCUUAUACUGUUUGUUUUAUUUCUGAAGACAGUAUAACCUUGCCAGACGAAUGUAUCUGCAGGUCCAUCGGCGUAAGAGCUGAUAACGACGGCUGUAGAAUAAAAGACCAGAAGAAGGAAUCGUCCAGGAAGAUCCUGAAGGUGUAUUCAAGUGCGUUAUUUCUGCAACCAUUUGUUAAAGAGUGUUUGAACUCUGACGUUUACAGAACUAAUGUGUUGAGGAAUUUGAGCGAACUGUGCAGUCAUCCGGACAGUAGGACUGUGUUUUUAAAGUUAAUAUUAGAACCACCGGACAGAGAAGUUAUUGAUUAUGCCUGGAACACGCGGAUGCUGCAGCUGAUCUGGACCAGAGUGGAGGUAGAGAAUGCUUUCUCGUGGCUCUCAACGUUGGGCGGCGCGUACUCUGCGCUCGGGGACUAUUUUGAGCACUGUGCAGAGGAAGCUGGCAGAAUAUCGAUAAGACAGUACAAGUUGUCCAAGAUGCUCGGAGACGACGGUCUAGCGGCUAGGAGCAGACUUUACUCCGCCCUAGCGUUUUCACAGAAAGGUCAUCUUAGACUGGCGAGGCGUAUCGUGAGGAACGUCGCCUCGUUCGCGAGACAGACCCACGACAGACGACUGAAUAGAAUGUGCCAAGGCGUUUGGGCGAAGCUAAAGUAUUUGAAAAAUGUUAAAUCAUCAAAAAUGGAAUUAACCUGUGCCAAUGGUACAGUCAAUUCUGUUGUUUGUUAAAUUAUGGUUUUAUUUGUGUUAAUUUCCGGAGGUAUCGAUCUUAAGUGGAAGAUCAUUGCUUACAAUUAAUACUCGAAGAGUCCUUUAAUGCAAUUAUAGUCUGUUUAAUGGAUUACGCGCGAAAGUCAACGCGUAUCUAGUUUUAUUUUAAGUCUUAUUUUACACCGUUCUAUAUAAAUUAAAACGCACUAGUUCUGCAGAAAGGGUUUGUAGCGCAUAAGAAAUAUAUACCUACUCUCAUCUAGUAUUUAUUAGUGACUAAAUAGUUGGCAAUUUCGUUCGUAACACUCCCGAUGUUCCGCGCGGGGCGGGGGGCGUGUAGCGAUGUAUUUAAAACCCACGACUCAUGCACGUCGCUUCCCCGCGCGCAUGAUUUAACACCCCCGCAGUCUUUCCCCCCGUCGCCCACAUAUCAUGGGAGUGUUAUCAACGAACUUGACAGACUAUACCGGACUCAUCCGCGUUGAAUUCAGUUUUUCACAAAUCCCGCGUGAACCAUGGAUUUUCCGGGAUGAAAAGUAAUCUAUGUGUUAAUCUCAAGUAGUUAAUAUCUAUUUCCAUUUUAAAUUUCAGCCAAAUAGGUUCAGUAGCUGCAGUGCAAUUGAGGAACAAUCAUUUUUUAAAUAUACAUAUUUUAAGAUGUGAUAAAAAAUAAAUUACAGAUAAUUUAUGAUUAGAUGAAUGAAUUUGAUAGUACAUUAUAGAUCAUAAUAUACCUGUAGUAGCGAACGCCCGCGACUUCGUCCGCGUGAAACUCGAUGUAAACUUUCAACUACCUCUACUCUACCCCUACCCUACCCCUACCCUACCCUUAGGGGUAUAAAAAAUAGAUGUUGGCCUAUUCUCAUAGAUACCGGAUAAGCACAAAAAAUUUCAUCAAAAUCGGUCAAGCCGUUUCGGAGGAAUAUGGCAACCAAAACUGACACGAGAAUUUUAUAUAUUAGAUACAUUUAAUAUUAUUCAGCUGCAAUUUUACUAGGCAACCUAUUUGCAAUGUGUCACUGUAACUUAUCUAUAGUUUAUUUCUUAUCACUAAUAAAUAACAGAUGGGGGUAUAUAUUUCAAAUGUCGGAUCAUAACCACUAGUGCGAUUUCACAUCUAAACAAUCCUUAAAGAACUAAUUUUACAGCAGAAAGUAAUACAAGCUCAUAGUAAAAUAUUUUGCACGAAUAUCUAUUAUUCCAUUAUGUAUUUACGACGUACAAGUUAUUGUAAAUGAUUAAGAUAAUCAAAUUGAUAUAAAAAAAAGAAACGCUCACGACAGAGCUCGAGUACGGAAACUAGAUGGCGCUUUAAGACUAGUUUUAAAAAUUAAAAUAAUGCUAAUGAGACCAGAGUUCACCGACUUUCAUUUAAACGCUGUUUACGUGACCGGCCCGUCAAAUAUUAAAUCUACUUUAAACAAGGUUCACCACACUCUUUUUGACUUUGGUUUGUAAACCAAAGAAUUGAGUAGACGGCGAGUAAACGAUCUAUGAACAAUUUAUUUAUUGUCUAUGACAGCAUUGCCAACUUGCGAUGAAUUCCCCAAACGACGGGGAUUUUUUGAGGAAUUGCUUCGAUUUGUGGAGAUAUUAAUCCGGUUACGAUGUCAAAUUGACAAUUACUUGUCACUGUAUGUCUUUUUUGUUUGGAAAUCGAAGCUGACAGCAUCCUGUUGCAACACCUCAAAGCUAGGAAUAACUGAUUUAUGGGAGACAAUGAAUUAUUUCUGAAAUGAAAAAAAGACUUGUAUAAUUUUACGGGUCCUUGCAUUUCGUAAUAGAGAUAAGAGAGAGUAAACUUGACGAAACUUGCGAGCGUUACAAAAACGUAUAUUGCAAAUAUAUCUGUUAUGAUAACCGCCCAAUUUAUAAAUAACCCGCAUAUGGGCUGUGAUAAUCAGGAAAUUUGGACUAAAUAGCGUUCAACUUAUUUAAACAGUUGAUUAUGUUUAAACGAUUGUCGGUGAACUCGAACCUUGGUGUUAUAUUUUGUCUACUUUUGGAAGUCUGUUGGGCAAACACACACACAGAUAAACUAUACGCGUUUCGUCUAUUAAAACCAAUUUUAUACGCAAAAAAAUGAUCACACUGUUACUUUUGUUGAAUGUUAUUGUUUAGUAAAAAGAUAUUAUUGUAAAUAAAACACGAUUUUUUAAAAA